AUGAAGAUUGCCAAUCUCAAGUGUCUUACCCAGCCACCGUCCACUUCAGUAUUGAGCUUCAUUACUCCAUUGACAAAAUGCAAGUUUCUUACUUAUUUGUCAGUUUCUGAUAAUCCUUUAUAUGGCGUCCUUCCAGCUGCUGUCGGGAAUUUAUCUUCCCUGCUUCAAGGAUUCUUCGCCUCCGGCUGCAAACUCAGUGGCAGCAUUCCUGUUGAAAUAGGCAAUCUAAGCAGCUUGGUGGAAUUGAGGUUAGACGACAAUGGGUUAUCCGGUAAUAUUCCACUUACUACCAAACAUCUGCAUGAGCUUCAAGGAUUAGAUCUGUCUAAUAACAUGUUGGGAGGCUCCAUUCCACAUGCUAUAUGUGAUUUAUUCAGCCUCAAUACUUUAGUUAUAAGCCAAAAUCAAUUUUUCGGCCCAAUUCCUAAAUGUCUGGGAAAUGUCUCUUCUUUGAGAAAUAUUUUUCUAGACUCUAACAUGCUGAAUUCAAGCAUACCUUCAAGCUUCUGGAGCCUUAAAGAUUUGAUACGUCUUGAUUUGUCAUCUAAUUCAUUGAUUGGGUUUUUACCUCAAGAAAUAAGUAACUUAGGAGCAGCAAUCUAUAUAAACCUUUCGACGAAUCAAUUGUCAGGGUCUAUUCCAAGUACUAUUGAGAAGUUGCAGAAUUUGGUAAAUUUGUCUUUGGCAAAUAAUAGGUUAGAAGGUUCUAUUCCUAUGACUGUGAAAAGUAUGAUCAAUCUAGUUAUUCUUGACUUAUCCUACAACAACCUGUCCGGUUCAAUUCCAAAGUCUUUAGAAACACUUCAACACAUCAACUACUUUAAUGUUUCUUUCAACAAUUUAAGUGGAGAAAUUCCUAAUGGUGGCUCUUUUAGAAACUUCACUAUAGAUUCUUUUAAGGGUAAUGAGGCAUUGUGUGGAAUUCCCAAGUUCCAUGUACGGAUUUGCCCUGCAGUUUCUAAUCAUGAAUCAAAGAGGCAGAAAGUGAAAAGAGCUUUGUUUAUUGUUUUGGGGGCUGUGGCUUUUAUCUCAGUUGUUUUUGUGGCCUUUAUAAUUGCCAGAUAUAAAAGGAAAGAUAAGACAACUAGAGAAGUUGAUGAGAUGAUAUCUAUUGUGCCGGAAAGAAUAUCUUAUUAUGAACUGUUACAAGCAACAGAACAAUUCAGUGAAAGUAAUUUACUUGGCACUGGGAGUUCUUGCUUAGUUUAUAGAGGAGUUCUUAACAAUGGGAAGGAUAUUGCCGUUAAGGUGUUUAAUAUGCAGUUAGAAGGUAUUUCAAGAAGAUUUGAUGUUGAAUGUGAGAUACUACGUAGCAUCCGACACAGGAAUCUGACCAGUGUCAUAAGCAGUUGCUCCAAUGAAGAGUUCAAGGCAUUAGUACUUGAAUAUAUGCCAAAGGGAAACCUUGAAAAAUGGUUAUAUUCUCACAACUAUUACUUGAAUCUGAUGCAAAGAUUGAAUAUAAUGAUUGAUGUUGCAUCUGCUUUGGAGUAUCUUCACCAUGGUUAUUCAACGCCUAUUGUCCACAACGACUUGAAGCCUAGUAAUGUGUUGUUAGAUGAAGACAUGGUUGCCCAUGUAAGCGAUUUUGGUAUAGCAAAGUUGUUGUGCGAUGGAGAUAGCUUUGUGUUAACCAACACGCUAGCAACAUUGGGUUACAUUGCUCCAGAGUAUGGUUUGGAAGGGCUAGUUUCGACAAGAUGUGAUGUGUAUACUUACGGGGUGAUGUUGAUUGAAACUUACGAGAAAAAGGCCUAG